AUGCCCAUUUAUGGAUAAAAGGGCGUGGUUUGGGUGUAACCGCGCCUGUUUAGCCCCGCCCAGGAUUGUACCAAGUGCACGGCGGGACGGGGGGGGGAGGAGCCAGGGGGGCACGAGGUGGCGGCAUGGAGGGGCCAUCCCCCCGGUUCCGGUGUCCCCCCGAGUUCGAGGUCGCGCCCGGGGGGGUCCCCAUGGGGGGUCCCCAGACGGAGCUGUGGCUGAUCCGCGCCCCCGCCGACUUCUGUCCCCAAAGCCUCGAGGGCUGCCCGGUGCCCCUGACCGGCCUCGAGCGGCUCCGCCCCGCCCCAGGUGCCACCACCGACGGUGACAACGACACCGAGGCCACCGAGCUCUACGUGCUGCGGGGUGGCCCGGCCGGGGGAGGGGACUGUCCCCUGCUGCUGUCCCCGCUGUCCCCAGGGGGGUCCCUGGGCUGCGCCCCCCCCCUGCGGGGGUCCCUGAGCAUCACCCGCAGCUUCGGGGCCACCCCCGGCCCGGGGGAGGGGACACCGAGGGUGGCACUUGGGGACACGGCCACAGCCGAGGGGACAGUGCCACCCAGGGAGGGGACAGAGGGGACAGAGGGGCCGGGACCCCCCCGGGCGGCCCCCGAGGAGCCCAAGAGGAGGAAGAAGAGGAAGAAGCAGAAGAGGGAGGAGGGGCAGGAGUGAGCCCGGCGGUGGCACUUUGUCACUUUUGUCACCUGGGCCACCAUUAAAUGUCCUUUAUUACCAUCAAAAA